UUGUUGUAAGUGGUGGAGAGACAUUACUUUGUAGGUUGUGGUCCGGUUUGGGAUAUUACGUCCACUUUCACUCACGAGGAUGCUAAAAAGUUAGGACGUUGUUUGUUGUGGAAACGCGGAUUUUGUUUGCAAGCUGCGGUUCCGCAGGACAACUUCAUGGGACGACGGAAACAUCUGCGAGGCCGUUCAAGGUGUGGCCUGUGGAGUAGUUCGAUGUAGAGUGCUCCUCCCCCUCACCCCUCCCUUGCUGUUCUUUUGAGGAGAGCAAGUACUCUUUUUUUUUUUCUUUUUUCUUAAUUUUUUCUACCUGGAAGCAACCCGCCCACUUUUGAAUUCAUGAUCACAUGACCGUGGAUAUGGACGCAGUCCUAUCCGACUUUGUCCGUUCCACUGGAGCUGAACCAGGAUUGGCCAGAGAUCUGCUAGAGGGCAAGAACUGGGAUUUCACCGCCGCGCUCAGUGACUUUGAGCAGCUUCGACAGGUGCAUGCUGGGAACCUGGCGUAUUCUUUCGCAGAGGACAGAUCGUAUCUGCCUCCAGAGAAGGAGAUGGCGCGUAUGGGGCGGCCAAUACUACACCGACAGGAUGAGGUCGUGCAAGCCACAGAGAAGCGUCUGUCCAGGGGCAUUUCCCACGCCAGUUCAACCAUCGUGUCCCUGGCCCGCUCUCAUGUCUCCAGCACUGGUGGGAGCAGCAGUGAGCCUCUUCUGGACACGCCUCUGUGCACUUUCCAACUACCAGACCUCACUAUGUACCAAGAUGACUUCCGCGGCUUCAUUGAGAGAGAUCUCAUCGAGCAGUCGAUGAUGGUGGCCUUGGAGCAUGCGGGUCGCCUGAACUGGUGGACAAAAGUAGUCUCCAACUGUCAGAAUCUGCUGCCUCUGGCAACAAGCGGGGAUGGAAACUGCCUGUUACACGCAGCCUCACUUGGCAUGUGGGGCUUUCAUGACCGGGACCUGAUGCUGCGGAAGUCCCUGUAUGCUCUGAUGGAUCAUGGGAUGGAGAGAGAGGCACUGAAGCGCAGGUGGAGGUGGCAGCAGACCCAGCAGAACAAAGAGUCUGGUCUGGUGUACACAGAGGAGGAGUGGCAGAAAGAGUGGAAUGAACUGUUGAAAUUAGCGUCCAGUGAGCCGAGAAUACACUACAGCACCAACGGCACCAACGGGGUGGAGUCCUCAGAUGAACCAGUUUAUGAGAGUCUGGAGGAGUUUCACGUCUUUGUCCUGGCUCAUGUUCUCAGAAGGCCUGUAGUGGUGGUGGCUGACACCAUGCUGAGGGACUCUGGAGGAGAGGCCUUUGCUCCCAUCCCAUUCGGAGGCAUUUACCUGCCGCUGGAGGUGCCAGCUGCCAAGUGCCAUCGCUCUCCGCUCGUCCUGGCUUAUGACCAGGCUCACUUCUCUGCUCUGGUCUCUAUGGAGCAGAAGGACGGCCCCAAAGAGCAAGCAGUUGUGAUCCCACUCACUGACUCGGAGCACAAAAUGCUGCCUCUGCACUUUGCCGUGGAUCCAGGGAAAGACUGGGAGUGGGGCAAGGAUGACUCAGACAACGUGAUGCUGGCGAGUGUUGCUCUGUCUUUGGAGGCCAAACUCCAGAUGCUACACAGCUACAUGACGCUCACCUGGCUGCCGCUGCCGUGUGAGCAGGCACCGCUGGCCCAGCCAGAGUCUCCCACAGCAUCAGCAGGAGAGGACACCCGAACGCCUCCUGACUCAGGAGAGUCAGACAAGGAGUCAGUCAGCAGCAGCUCCAAUGGCAACGGCGACACCACCACAGGAUCUUCAACAGUCUACGGAGGCGGGUCCUUGGCCAAGAACAGCUCUUCUUCCUCCUCGAGUUCCUCCAGCACCGGUUCAGCGGGGACAGGAACACCAGGGAAGGACAAAACCAAGAAGGAGAAAGACAAGGACAAAGAAAAGAAGAGGGCAGACUCUGUGGCCAACAAGCUCGGGAGCUUUGGGAAGAGCCUGGGCAGCAAGCUGAAGAAGAACGUGGGUGGUCUCAUGACGGGAAAGAACGCUGGAGCUGGAGGCGCCAAGCAGGAAGGUGGCGAGAAGAAAAAGGGCUCGUUUCGGGGGAGGAAGGGCAGCAAGGAGUGCUCGCCUUCAGCCCACGCCUCAGAGGAUUCUGGGAAAGGCUCCCCCUCGUCCGGCAGCGAGCGUCUGAAUGGAACGGGGAGCAGUAUGAGCAGCAGUGGUGGGAGCAGCAUGGAGACUGAGACCUAUAAGUACAGUGCAGACGUCAAGGUUAGCCUGGGCAUCCUCCGAGCUGCCAUGCAGGGGGAGAGGAAGUUCAUCUUCGCCAGCCUCCUCACCACCAGCAACCGGCAGCCCUUCCAGGAGGAGAUGAUCCAGCGCUACCUGGCGGACGCUGAGGAACGCUUUCGGGCUGAGCAGGAGCAACAGCGGCGUGAGGCGGAAAGGAAGAGCGUCACCAACGGCAUCCAACCUCCUAAGAAGGAGGUGGUUUGCGGUACGGAGUCGAGUUACCGGUCUUAUGAGGACAAAGAGGAGCUGUUAGAGAACUCGUCUCCUUCCUUUAACCAACUCAAACCCUCGCCUUUGAGCCCCUCUAUGUACUCUGGGGUCAUACCCAUCCCCCGGCCCUCCUUCAUAGACCCAACUCCUCCUCCUCCUCUUCCUCCUCCUGCUGCUGCUGUACCUCUCACCCAGCAUCUUCACAUGCACGGCUACAUGGAUAACCGGCGCCAGCUCGCCGGUGGCUCUCCUGUUACCUCCUACACCGGCCUCCCCUCCUACGCCACUCUUCCCCGACACUGCCCCACAACGCAGGGACUCUCACACCCGCAGUACCAUAUCCCAAAUGUCUCACAAGGCCCCUCCUCCCUGAGUCCCUCUCGCCUCACGCCCUCGUAUCCCCCGGAGUUCGACCCGCCAGACUAUCCCGGGUCUGACCCCGCGGCCGCCACCGGGAGCUACACCAACGGCUUCCGGGAUCUGCGCUCCGGCCUGGACUCUCGGAGCGGGCAGCCGCCCGUCAGACACUACUCACUGGGCAGUGCCGGCGGUCUGGUCGGCCUGCAGUCCAGCCGCUGUCGGACACCCAGCUGCAACUACUACGGACACCCGGAGACGGGCAACUACUGCUCCUACUGCUACCGCGAAGAGCUGAAGAAGAGGGAGACGGAACCGACCAUCCACAGGUUCUGAGUGGACUCCAAAUCGUUGAGUGGCCUUUUCAGUAAAAGUAUAAAUGAAUAAACGACGGGCGGGGUGGAUCAGCCUCCUCUGCUGCCUCCUCUUUUCAGCCGAGUCACUUCCUGAAGUGACAGGGUGAGAAUAAGAAGGCUUGAUUCUGGCUGCUGGGCUCACGUCGUAGACCGUAGAAAACACUAACUGCACUUCUGUUACAUUUUGCUGUGGCUCUUAUGCAGGUGUCCUGUAUGUGUGUGUGUGUGUGUGUGUGUGUGUGUCAGCUGCAGGCUCUCCUCCUUUAUUUAAAGCCUUGCCAUUGUCUCCAUCUAGUGGAGAGAAUGUAUACAGCAGGCGCCAUAUUUAAUACUCCUCAGCUCACGUACGUACAGUGCAUGCUCGCACCAUGAAAAGGCUCCAGUCAGUGUCUCCUCUCGUUUGGUGAAUUAAAGGGACAGUUCAGUCUUUUUUUUAAAUGUUCUAUGAGUUACUGAGACGUUAUUAUCAGACACAGAAUAAAAAACCUCAACUGUCCCUUUAAUGGGAGCAAUGUGACGUCACAUGCUUUGAGUGUGAUGUCAUCGUGUCAUCACAUUUUACACUACUCACACGUCCACGGUGGACUCGGUCGCCAUUAGCAUAAUGCUAAUGAGUUAGCGUUCGUCUGCACGUAAACAUGUAAACGUCUCUGCAGCGGCGUUCACGCACACACGCGGUGGAUCAUGUGAACAAAGACAGCGGAGGACAAAGUAAAGACACUGUCCCCCAGAGUCUGAUCCAGAGAUUUCAUUUGUUUUAAGGAAUGUUUUUUUUAUUUUAUUUUGAAAGGGUCUUCCUGUUAAAUGAUUGAAGCAGCCGCGCGUCACCACACACGACGUCGACACACUCUGUUCAGACCUGGUUUUAACGUCCUGGACGAUCCAGUCUCCUUCUCUGGGAGUCAUGUGACCACGUGAUUGUCAUUUCAAAGCGAACUUUGAUGCACAUCAGACCAGCAUUGCAUCAUGGGAAAAAAAACAAACCCUGGAUGGAAUCAGGGUGUAGUGAUGAUUUUACUGAAUUAAAAGAAACUUCAAAGAAAGAAAGCGGAUGUAACUUUUACAUCUCAUCAUCAUCAUCAUCAUCAUCAUCAUCAUCUGACAUAUCUGAGGCAAAAUUAUGAACAAAACUAAAAUGAACAAAGGAAUAAAAGCUCAGUGAAAGGUCUCACAGGCUUCUCUGUGUUUCUGAUUCACAAAUCAUAACGUGUCAUUACAUUUCAUGACAAAAUAAAAGUCCAUGAAGUAUAAACUCUGAUGUGUUACAACAGUCGUGGACUGGUCAGAAACAAACGACGUUAGAACCAGGUCUGAACGGGUCUGACCGGGUCUGACCGGGUCUGAACGGGUCACAUUGUGCACGACAGAGCUCAGUGCAUGUUGGGAUUUCGUUGUGUCUGUCGUUGGCAGGAUGUGAUGUGACGUAUCGCCCUCUCAUGGACGACACUAACAUUGACACUGCACUGACAGAAUGUUACGAAGCGAUGAAGAAAAAGCGAUUCUGUUGUCACACAGACGGUCAGCGUGGUCUCUGGUCCAGCGCAGCAGGUUUUUGAAGUUGUCCUGAAGUGUUUCUCUCGUGAAGCUUCAGUCUUCUGUCUCUGAAACACUUUGAUUUUCUUACUUGUUGAAAUGUUCUCCGCGUCCUGAUGAAGUCGGCGAUAAAUCAACGUUAUCUGGACAAACAGCCAGCGUCUGUAGCCCGAGCAGUCGUGUGUGUGACAUGAGGUUUUCUUACAUGUGGUUCAGGCCGAGUCCACACGUCGUCGGGUCGUUCUAAAAAUCAAGAAAAGCUUCAUUCACACGGGUUCAUUUUUUACACGAGCAUGUGACACAGAUGAGUUAAGAACACACAUUGUGUGUGUGGAGGAGCGCACGUGUGCAGAAACAUCUGGAAAAACAUCUGCGAAAAUCUGUUCACCUGUGAAUGAAUGAAUGAAAAGUCAAUGAUACUCAGCUACACGUGGACAAGGCAUCAGACAGGAAAUGGUCACUGUUCUGAUUCAUGCGAGGGUCGACCCUGCUGCUGUGCGCUGACACAAGCUUUUGUUGUCAGGAAAUCAGAUUAAGAUUAAGAUUAAGUGGGUUUAAAAACUGGAAAAGUAAAUAAACAAGUCCAAGAAAGGAAUAGUUCACUGAUGUGCAUGUAGCUUUGAUAUCAGUAGAAUAAGGGAAGUCUUUUCUCAACCUCAGUUUCCUUCUUUUCUUUGUCACGUGCUCACAGGUGACACUUGGUCCUGUUAGCGUAACUGUUAGCAACACUGUUUACAUUCUGAGAAUGAGGUCCCGCCCCCUACGAGUGGCUCUCAAAAGUGCAGAAUUAGCGUUGCAGUUUCAAACCUCGGACCAAGCGUCGCCGGUGAGCACGUCACAAAGAAGAAGGAAGAUAUUUCUGAGCUUAGGAAGCACAAGUUUUCCAUAUCCUAGUAAAACAAAGCUAAAUGCUAAUCG